AUGAAUCACGUAAAAGAGCACGUCGACGUGAGAACACUGUCAAUCAUUCAGAUUCAGAAGAUGAAUCGAGUAUCGGAGCACAUCGAAGUGGGAAGAAGCCUUGGUAAGAAUCCUGUUAACCAUUCGGAUUCCGAAGAUGGAUUGCAUUACAGAGCACGGAGAAGUGAGAAGAACCAUGUUAAACAUUCAGAUUUAGAAGAUGAAUCACAUGACAGAACACGCCGAAGUGGGAAGAAUCCUGUUAACCAUUCAGAUUCCGAAGAUGAAUUGCGUUACAGAGCACGAAGAAGUGAGAAGAACCAUGUUAAGCAUUCAGGUUCAGAAGAUGUAUCACGUAACAGAGCACAUCGAAGUGGGAAGAACCCUGUUAAGCAUUCAGAUUCCGAAGAUGAAUCCCGUUACAGAGCACAGCGAAGUGAGAAGAACCAUGUUAAACAUUCAGAUUCAGAAGAUGAAUCACGUAAAAGAGCAGGUGGAAGUGAGAAAAACCUAGUUAAGCAUUCAUAUUCGGAUGAUGAAUCACGUAACAGAGCAGACCGAGGUGAUAAGAAUCAGUCCAUAAAAAUUGGAAGAGAUGAUGGUCAAGGUGAUGCCAAGGGAAAACAUGACAAUUUAGAACUAGGAAAAUACCCCAUGAAAGGUCGGAAUGAAUCACACUACAAGCGUCGAAAUGUUGCUCCUGAACUUUCAGAAGAAGAAAGAGAUGCUAGGCUAAAGGAGAUGCAAAUAGAUGCUGAGUUGCAUAAAGAGCAAAGAUGGAAGCGAUUGAAGAAGGCUGAGGAGAAUGAUGCACUGGAAGCUACCCAGGCUGUCAAAUCCAGUGGUAGGAACUUCUUGGAUGCUGUUCAAACAAGUGUUUAUGGUGCUGAGAGGGGAGGAAGCUCAACAAUUGAGGAGAGUAUACGUCGCCGAACACAUUAUUUGCAGGGCAUAUCUAAAGCAAGUGAACGCAAUGCUUUUCGUCGGUAACGCUGUUGUGUUUUGUUGUUUGUCCGGUUCCAUUAAUCCAGGUGUUCAAUACAUGAAUGUC